AUGGAGAGGGGAGAGAGCGGGGGAGAGUCUUCGAGGGUGGCACAUAGCGAGGCAGCCAACCAUGCCGGCGAGAGCAAUAAGGGGGAGAGUGGAGGUGGGCAUGCAUCAGGUGAAAAGGAGGGAAUUAAAGGGGACAAUAACAAGAUUCAAGGUCAGCGGAUAUCGUUCAGAGAUAAAGUUGUGGGUGCCUCAACAAGGAGAGCUUUGGAGGUUGCUGAUUCUCUUGAUGGGGAUAAGAUGGCUACAGUAGUUGGUAAGCAAGGCGAUUCGGAGAUACCAACUGUGACGUUCACUGAAGAAGCAAAGGAGAUAUUGGUAGAGCCCUACAAAGAUGCCAUCGUGGUCAAAGUUCUUGGAAAAAACUUUAGCUAUACGGCGAUCACGCACAGGCUUAAAGGAGUCUGGAGAACCAAAGGAGGAUAUGAGGUACUAGAUGUCGGUUUUGACUAUUUCUUAGUCAAAUUUGAUCUCUUGGAGGAUAGAGAAAAAGUUCUCCUUGGAGGACCGUGGAUGAUUACUGGUAGUUAUGUUAUGGUUAAACCUUGGAGUUCUUCAUUCAGACCUUGUGAAAACACUUUUGGGUCUACCAUGGUUUGGAUAAGAAUCACAGGUUUAAACAUUAACUAUUAUCAAGAGAGAGCCGUGAAAAUGAUUGUGUCAGCUGUUGGCAAACCGAUCCGCAUCGACUUAGCCACCAAGUCUGCGGAGAGGGAAAAGUAUGCAAGAGCAUGUGUACAAAUUAACUUGGGACUUCCAGUCAUAAAAAAGAUUCAAGUUGAUGGUCAUAUGUAUGACAUAGAAUAUGAGCACUUGAAUUUAAUUUGUGAAAAAUGUAGCUGCUUUGGGCAUGUAACAAGAGAAUGUGCGAAAGAGAACAAUGGCAUUGGGAAGGAAACCAUGGUGAAGGAGAAAAAUUUGCUAUCAUUGUUUCCGGUGGAUAACAACGAGAAAACGGCAGAAGGUAGUCAAAUCCCAGUAAAAAAUCAAAAUUCAACUUUUGAAUUUGGAAUUAAUGCCAAAUCAAUUCCAAUUAUGGAGAAGCAUGGAGAAGCGGGUCUUGUGUGUGAUAAUUUACAAGAAUCACGUAUGGAUAGGGAUACUCAAGCAAAAGAGGGUGAAUGGGUUACAGUUAGUAGAAAAGGCAAGGAAAAAGUGGGUAAAGGCCCCAAUGUGGUGCCAAAAAGAGUCAAUGUAGCAAUAUGCUCCAAUUUGGUGAGUAAGAAAUUUUCUUUUGGGUCUAAUAACAUGCAUGCUGGAUCCUCAUCAAAUGCAAAGGUGAAGUCUUUAUCAAAUGUAAAGGUGGAGCCUAAGGAAAAGAAAGAUCCUCCAUCCACGCUUGGCUCUUUGGGAACAAUUCAGGUGGCUUUCAAGGAUCAGAGUACUCCUUUUUUUAAAGCAGGGCACAAAAGGCAGCGUUCUAUUUCGCUUCAAAACUCACCUACUGAAGUAUUGUCAACGGAUUCUCGAGUACAAAAAGAGCUUGAUAAAGCUAGUGCAACAAUAAACUUGGAGAACCAACCUCAACAGAAGAAUGAUGGUUCUGCGGUGCAAGUCCACCAAAAGACAAUUGGAGACAGGAGUCCAUCAACGUGA